GGGGUCCCAGCCGGCUUUCGGGAAGUUAGACCAACAGAGGCGUUGUCAGACGGCUGGGGCAUCUGCCCUCUGCCGGCCCCAACGACCCCAUGGCAGUGUUUCACGACGAGGUGGAGAUCGAGGACUUCCAAUAUGAUGAAGACUCCGAAACGUAUUUCUACCCCUGUCCAUGUGGGGAUAACUUUUCCAUCACCAAGGAAGAUUUGGAGAAUGGGGAAGACGUGGCAACGUGUCCUAGCUGCUCUCUCAUUAUAAAAGUGAUUUAUGACAAAGAUCAAUUUAUGUGUGGAGAAACAGUCCCGGCCCCUUCAUCCAACAAAGAAUUAGUUAAAUGCUGAAGAAACCUUCAGGAAUCCACAUCCUGAACAGUUGAGAAUGAGCCCAGGUGGAAAUAUCAAACGCAGAGUAACUGAUUUUUUUCACGGGGACAACUGUUUUGUGGUUUGCCAUUCUGUUAGCGUGUGGAUCUUUUCACCAACUGCUGAGUUCAUCUUCAAAUAGAAAAGUGAGCACCAGAUAGGUCAUACCUGGAUUUCAUGUUUAGAAUGGUGAAUUGGAAGCAUUCUUAAUUAUCCAUCUGAAUUUAAAUGAAGAUAAUUUUACAUCAGUGCUUUCUUUCCCUUAUACCUUAAACCUAAUUCAGUAUCUGAUAACAGCAUCAUCUACCUCAGUCAUUAGGAUUUCUUAGUUUAAAAGAUAUAAUUUUAAUUAGUUACCAAUAUGGUUAAAAUUAGCCCUUUCUUUGAAAUUUGACAUCAGCUUUAUUACUCUAACUUAAAAUUUGUUGCUUCAUCAGUACUGCACUUCCAGUUCCCUCACUAAGCCAGUCUCCCCAGUCUUGCUAUUAUUAGAAUGUUCAGGUUCUGUUUAUCAUGUUUUUUCUGUUACACUUCAUGCACAGAGUUCUAUUGUGGUAGUGAAUAAGGAAGGUUAGUGAAUAAGGAAGAAAAAUCUACAGUGAAAUGAUUGAAGAAGUGGAGAGUCCUUAUGUUCCUUAAAAAUCAUGACAAGAUUAAAAAAAAAAAAGAAGGAAGCAAAGUUGUUAACAAUGAGAGGAGUUAAACAUGCCAAAUUAGUAAAUGAAUGCUUUAAUUAGUUUACCAGAUCAAAGCAUAUAUUUUGAUUUUUGUUUAUUUUCUGAUAAAACUAAUGAAAUUGCAUUUCAUAGAGAGGUUAAUACCAAGUCUCUGUGGCUAGUUCCAGUGCUUUUAGCCUAUCACAGUAUUGUGUCACUAUUCCUAAAAAGUAAAGCAUCUACAAUAGAGCAUGAACUUAAAAAUGGGAGGCCUGUUCUGAAUAAAUAUGUCCAUGUGGACACAUCUAAACCAAACAUGCACUCCUACAGAGAAAUGUUGCUAGGGAGUAAGAGAAAUAUAUGAAGAUAGACUAUUAGUCUUCCUUUGCUAGAGUGCUGAGAGUAGCAAGAAAUUAGAAUCACAAGAAAAUUGGAAAAAAUUUCCAUUAUAAACACAACUUUGCUGUCUGUAUGAAAAUGCACUGAUACCUGGCAAGUUGUUUUAGGUAUGGCUCCUGCAAUUAGAAAAGCUUCUUAGAGUAUGAGUGUUCUAUACUGGUUGAUAAAUAAACUACACACAAUCUUUGGAAGUUUAAAUUAAAACAAGUGGACUUAAAAAAAAAAUCUGGUAGUAGCAUGGCUGUAUGCAACCAUUAGGCUGAGACACAUAAUAAAUCAAAAAUUAUAUGCUAGAUAUACUUCGUACAUUAUAUGGCAUAUUUGUGACAUGAUGAGAAGUCUCACUGCUGCUUGGAACACUGUCAGCCCAGAAGUAAUCCACACAACUUUGAAAAGCAAAAUGACUGCUCAGAUGAACAGAGCAGGAUACAAGUUAACUCUAGUGGGCAGUGACCUGCAAAGAGAAAUGAACUGUCUCAACCUCAUUUUAGAUGGUACUAACUAUAUAUAAACUUUCUCCACUGCCAAUGAAUUUCAAGCAAGAACAGACAUCCUUGGUGAGGGUCUACUGUGAGCAUAGAACAGGAAAAAAAUUUGCCCAAGUUCAAACAUCCCAGGAGAAAAGAAAUACAAACAGCAUUGGCAGUCAGUGAUUGUUGAUAAUGCUGCAAUAAUAGGAAUGAUUUUGUUUUAAAGCAACUGUGUUGUUUAAGUUUGAGAACUACAACAGAACAUACCAGGAAUUAAUUUUAUAGUAAGCAGAAAGUAAAACCAACGUUUUUCAGGUAUGAUUGGAGUUCUGAGUGAUGCUUGUGCCUUAUUUAGCCCCACAGACAUUUGUGGAGCACCUCUGUGAACUGAUUUAAUCCAAUCUCUGUCUGAUUAGCUCUGGGGUCUUGAGUUCAGGCCAGUGGAUCCCUCACCUUUACAGGUAUAGGAGAUGGGAUCAGAACGUUUUCAGCUAUCAGUUCUCAUUUCAGGUGUGGGCGAUUGCCAGAAUGGAAAGGGCAAUUGAAACCUUGAUAAACUCAAAACUUAUGAAUCAUGAAUUCAGGAAAAUUCCCAAUUUUUAUCAGCGAUGUUACCACAUUUCUGAGUUUGAAAAUUAAGUCGGCUGUUUGAAGGAUCUGCAUAUACUUUAUACAUUAAAAAGCAUUUUUCUUGGAUAGCACAAACAUUUUUAUAACUACAUAUUAAUUUAUUACCAGGAUAAAUUGUAUUGGCGUACUAAAUAAAAUCUGAUAAUUUAAGUU